ACUUGCAGGAACACCGAAGAAAGGAGGAAAAGCGGGUAGCGGAUAUCAACACUGAUUUUAUUCAGAAAAGGUGUCAUAUAAUCUGCAGACGCUGGUAUCUCAGUAUUCAUCUCCUCUCUGAAGCCUCUGGCGAAGUUCAUCGUGGAAUGUGCUGGAAGCAGUGACUGGCUUAGCGGCAGCGGUGCCAACAGCAGUCGUCCCAUGAGUUUUCUUUUGGCCUGAGCUGUCUGCUUUGGGCUCUGGCCUGGUUCAUCUGGAUCUCGCAGUCAUGGAUCACCCCAGAGAGAAGGAGGGCGAGAGGCCGGUGAGGAGCAGUAAAGUGGCCCAGGGACGCAGCGGGCACUCACGGCCCUCCAGCUCCUCCACGUCCUCUGGGGUCCUUAUGGUUGGACCAAACUUCAGAGUUGGCAAGAAGAUCGGCUGUGGCAACUUUGGAGAGCUGAAACUCGGAAAGAAUCUCUAUACAAAUGAGUAUGUUGCAAUAAAGUUGGAACCUGUGAAAUCGAGGGCCCCACAGCUACAUUUGGAGUACCGGUUCUACAAAACAUUAGGCAGUUCAGUAGAGGGUCUGCCUCAGGUCUUCUAUUUUGGGCCCUGUGGGAAAUACAAUGCCAUGGUUCUGGAGCUGCUCGGCCCCAGUCUUGAGGAUCUCUUUGACCUGUGUGACCGAACAUUCUCCCUCAAGACCGUCCUGAUGAUCGCCAUUCAGUUGAUUUCCCGUAUGGAGUAUGUGCAUUCUAAAAACCUCAUCUAUAGAGACGUGAAGCCAGAGAACUUCCUCAUCGGUCGACAAGGAAACAAGAAGGAGCACAUCAUUCACAUCAUAGACUUUGGCCUUGCGAAAGAAUACAUUGACCCAGAAACCAAAAAACACAUUCCUUACCGGGAGCACAAGAGCCUUACCGGCACAGCUCGAUACAUGUCUAUUAAUACACACUUAGGGAAAGAGCAAAGUCGGAGGGAUGACCUUGAAGCCUUGGGUCACAUGUUCAUGUAUUUCCUCCGGGGUAGUCUCCCUUGGCAGGGACUAAAAGCUGACACGCUGAAAGAACGUUACCAGAAGAUUGGGGACACAAAGCGUAACACUCCCAUUGAGGUUCUCUGUGAGAACUUUCCUGAGGAGAUGGCCACCUAUCUACGCUAUGUCCGGCGGUUGGAUUUCUUUGAGAAGCCAGAUUACGAAUACUUGCGGACCUUGUUUACGGAGUUGUUUGAACGAAAAGGAUAUACCUUUGAUUACUCUUAUGACUGGGUUGGCAGACAGAUUCCCACACCGGUGGGGUCGGUCCACGUGGACUCAGGGGCAUCUGCCAUCACGCGUGAGAGCCAUGCACACAGAGACAGACCCUCCCAGCACCAGCCCUUAAGGAAUCAGACGGCCAUCUCCGACCGCAGAGGAGCUUGGGAGGUACAGCCCAACCGUCAGACAAACUCCUCCUACCUGACCUCGCACCUGGCAGCGGACAGGCACGGAGGCUCAGUGCAGGUGGUGAGCUCAACUAAUGGUGAACUGAAUGCAGACGACCCUCUGGCGGCCCACUCAAACGCACCAAUCACAGCGCAGGCAGAGGUGGAGGUGGUGGAUGAGGCCAACUGCGUGAAAAUGCUCAACCUGUGGUGCUGCUGUUUCUUCAAGAGGAAGAGGAAGAAGAACACUCAGCGACACAAAUGAAACGCCGGCCUCACCGCGCAGUCCGUUCCUUUGAUUGUUUUUAGAGCAUUCAAAUAAAGAAAUUUUACUAGAUGACAACAGCAAGCCCUCCAAACGAGUAGGGGGCCGAUGUAUGAAAACGAAGAGGCAUGCACACGUUGUCUCUGUGGGGAUUGUCAUUGUUUUGUUUAGUUUUUUUCUUCCACAUCUUAAUUUAAGCAGCGAAGGGCGUCAUCCUCGGACUGUCUCUAGGAUCUUCACGCAAACCUAAGGAUCUCAAAGCACUGGAACAGCACUGCACUUCAUUUGCUGUUUUGCUUCUUUUUCGUUCUCCUCGUCCUCGGCGGUGGACGUGCCGGGGAGGAAGUCUCUGAAUGUGCCCUCUCGUCCUCUUCCUCCACGAUAGGCACAGUUCUAGCCCUUUGUGUGAAAUAGAGGGAGGGAGUGAGACAAAGUCCCCCAUGCUGGAGCUCGAACCGCAGACCUUUUCCUCCCCCGAGCACCUCCUGGCCCACUUCCACUCCACACGAGACGGUGGCUUUUUGAUUUCACUUAACCCUUUUGACAUGUCUGUGUAUUUGUUGGCUGAUUGUUGGUUCUCAUGCUGCCAGGAAGUGGUCGAAGCCUUAGAAUAUGACUUGCAGAUUUCUUCCUCGUAUCUAUCGGAGUGAUUUAAUGUACAUGGGCAAAGCGCAAAACAAAUAACUGUCGUAAUGAUGCUAGCUGGCCUUUACACGUGAACUUUGUGAAAGUGUGACUUAAGCAGCUGUUUCCAGUGGUAACGAUGAGCGGCACUCGUCAUGCGCGCCUCCGUUCCACUGACUAGUAUUUAAGCUGCUUGUUCUAAAGCCCCCCUCCCACUUCACCCCACCAGCCAGUCAUGCUGCUUUCUCCUCUUACGAUAUCGUACCGCUUUGACGUACAGCUGGCUGCUUUUCUAUUGGCUGAGGUGGCCAGUAAGACUUUCCUUCUACGCUUUUGUAUCUUUCUGUCCGUAUAGUCACUUAUUAUUCCCACAACCAGUUCCUAAUAGAUGUUUUUUAUGCCUGAAAACUGCUAAUUGUUCAGGAUGAGAAUAACUGUUUCAUGUGCCAGAGUGGCUUGGAAAACACCUCAAUGUGUUCAUAUUAAGCGAAAUAUGCCACAAAUAAUGUAAUAAUGGCCAUUCAGCAGGCAAUUCCUUGUUUUAGUAGUUGUCAUAAGGUGGAACCUGGGAGGACGCAGACUUACGGUAGUAACUGCCACUGCGGAACAUCUCGAUUUAAUGCCUUAACAUUACUCAGCAGAUACCACCCUUCUGCACUAGGACAUUAUGAAAUUCCUCCCAUGCCUUCAUACUGACCUGAUACAUGUCUCAUUCCCUUUAGGAACUUUGCUUGAGAGGGUCUGGAUCAACAAAAUCUAAGACAAAUUGGUUUAUGUGGCAGAAAGCACUGGAAUAGACCCGUUGAAAUGGCCUGUUAGUAAACGCUCUCGGGGUUGUUAUAGUGACCAUACGCAUAUUCUGAGAUGGGGCAGCCCUUGACCUCUUGCAUGGAUGAGGCGGUCCUUUCCUGAGCGCAAUCCUUAAGGCAGGAAUUACGUAAAAUGGGGUUAAAUGCGAAACGAUUUCUGUAGUUCUGUCGUCGUCGUUUUUUUUUUUUUUGGUUCGGUUUUUUUUUUCACUUCAGAAAAUUGCUAAUCUCAGUUGUGAUGUUGCCUUGCUCAUGUUUUGGUUUCACCGUUCACCUGUUCACAGCAUUAAAUCCAUGUUUUUAUUUUGGGAUCUUUCUAAUGUAUAGUAAAUGUGAAUUAAUGUAAGAUAAAUUCUAUAACUAUUAUUUUAUUUUGAUCACCGUACAAAAGUUGAGCGAGAAGCCAUAGUAGUGUGUGACUGCACUGAAGUUUUCUUAGGCCCUUGUUUACGUCAGCCUGUGCGUUGCUGUAUUCUACUGACCUCUGAACUCACCUUUCAUAAGUAACGGAGGUAAACGAGGCUUUUUGAAGAAUCUACCAUGCCCAUUAUGUUUUUUGGAAAUCCUUCUUGAGGGCCUACAGAUGGCGUGCUUUGAAUGUUCUUACAAAAGCAGUAGAUACGUGAGCGUGCUGGACCAAAUAGAUAUCGCAAAUGGGCACAGAUUCUUUAUUAGCAUUAACUCAUCCAGCCAUCCGUUUCCACUCGUUUAUAUAUGUAAAUAGUAACUCGGUGAGCUCUCACGGACCCAUUCCUUUUUGGAUUCACCUUGAGGAACGAGAUCUAAGAACGGGAGUUGCGUUCAAAUGCGACAUCUCAGGUUGGCGGUUAUAGAGGAGUCAACCAACCGUUUUCACAAACGUGUAUAAAACUUUCCAUGUGACGGUUAUUUAAUAGAUAUUCCUUAUGCUUGUCCACUGUGAUGCAAGUCACUUUGGGUCUAAAUUAUUCUGUGAAAAGUACUUGAAUAAUACUCUGUCUCGCACAAGCGUCGAGGCUGCAUUUUAUUUAACGUUCUAAUCUUAACGACAUGUAUUACGUGCCUCGCUAGAGUUGGAAGACAAUUUAGUAUUUCUGGAUGUGCACUGCUUGCAAUCGCCAGGUGCGUCUGGCUCGAAGAAGAAUGAUUUUGCAGGAUUUAACCCCUUAAUUCUUGUCAACUCUUCCAAAGUCAAAGUGGGAGGCCUUGGCUUGUUACGAAGCCAUUUGGAAUUGUUUUUCGAUAUAAGCAGAAUGUGAAAUUGUUUAGCUUUGGAUUAAUCGAUGAGGAAGCUAGUCCUACACACUAAGGACUGUGCUGAUGUACUUUGGGAAUUUGAGCAGAUGGUGAUUAAGGCGCUAUCUGCUGGAUAAAAAUGACUCGUCCAUAUUAAACACUACACUGAAAUCACACUCUUAAUAUGCUAUUUGAAGUAGUUUGAUGAGGGGUGGCUAGAACAGAUGUUAUUCCUUAUUACUGGAAUUUUGGUUAAUGCGAUCAUAAUGACUGCUGGCUCUCUUGUCAACUGCAAGGUGAUGACUAUUUCAAACCAUCUUUAAUCUUUAAUUUUUCCCUUUGUUUUAAGAUUGUACCAUAUGUUUUUGUACCUUUUUUGUAGAUUUUGUUUUAAUAAAGAUGGUGUUCUGGCCUUCUAAGUCCAUUUGAGGUUUAAAUACACAAUUAUUCCAUGAAAGCGAUUGAUUCCCCAAAAGUCAAGUCAUUCAGGAAGCAUUCAGGAUGCUUUUGGAGAGGUUUUUGUGUACCAUUCCAUUUCCUUUGAAUUGCCUUUGCUUUUGUAUCACGGUUCGGGUCACUUUAAUGUGCUGCAGAUUUACAUACAGAGAGGUGAAUAGAGUUAUUCUCCUAAAGUUGAAGUUAGUGACAUUAAUGCAGAUUUUAUGUGCAUGGCUUUUGGUUCCCCGAAAGCAAUGGAAACUACUUGUUAAUGGGGCACUGAAGAACAUUGUGGGCAUGAAGUUGAUACACUGUUAUUCUGUGGCUGCAUAAUGCCUUAAACAUGCUACUGCAAGUCUGACGC